ACCAGCCACAGCAGUGCUUCACUGAGGAGCAAAGAGCCUGAGCAAACAGUUGGCCAAAGAGAGCUUCACUUCAACCAGUCAGGACUUUGAUUCCUAACUCAAUCGAACCAAUCCUGCUCACUUAGUCUCUUCAGGACCUCCUGCACCUCUAAAGAAUCAGACUGGACCAGGACAGCUUGUAUUCAAGGAGAGCAAGACAAGAGAAAAUAGUACUUCACAUAGGUGCAAGUAUCCAUUUUUUUAAACAUAGAAAAUGGUAAAGAUGUCUUUGCGGACGGUGGCUCUGAGUGUCACCCUGCUGCUGGUGCUGACAGAAGCGUGGGCGCAGAACCCAAGGAAGAGACUGGCGCCACCCAAGUCUCCAAAGGCGCAGUGCUGCGAUGAGGUGCGCUCCCUGAAGGUGCAGGUGGCCAACCUAACCAGCCUCCUGGAGGAGCUGAACCGCAAGCAGGAGGCAGACUUGAUGAACGUAGUGAGGCAGAUGAUGGAGCUGGAUAAGCAGAACCGGCAGCAGGAGGCCCGCGUCACAGAGGCCGAGAGCAAGUAUUCCGAGAUCAACAACCGGGUGGAGAUCAUGCAGCUACAAGCCGCCCAGUCUGCCACUCAGACCUCGUCAGAUGCCAUCUAUGACUGCGCAUCCCUGUACACCAAGAACUACAAGAUCUCCGGGGAGUACAAACUGCCUGCAGAUGACUUCCUGGGGACCCCUGAGAUAGACGUAUUCUGUGAUAUGGACAGCAAUGGCGGUGGAUGGACGAUCAUCCAGAGACGCAAGGUGGGCCUGACCUCCUUCAACCGCGACUGGAAACAGUACAAGAACGGCUUUGGCACCAUCCGCGGAGACUUCUGGCUGGGCAAUGACAACAUCUUCCGUCUGACAAGGCAGCCCAGCACACUGAGGAUAGAGAUGGAGGACUGGGAAGGCCAGACCCGCUUUGCAGAGUACAGCUACUUCACAAUGAAAAAUGAGUUGAACAGCUACAAACUCUUCAUCGCCAACUAUAGUGGAAACGCUGGGGACUCUCUGCGCUACCACAACAACACCAACUUCAGCACCAAGGACAAGGACAACGACAAAUGUGUGGACGACUGUGCUUCACUACGCAAAGGUGGUUACUGGUACAACUGUUGCACUGACUCCAACCUGAAUGGCGUGUUCUAUCGUUAUGGCGACCACAGCAAGAACUCAGAUGGAAUCACUUGGUACGGCUGGCACGGGCCCAACUACUCCCUGAAGAGAGUGGAGAUGAAGAUCCGGCCACAGAAUUUUCAACCAUAAAUGCUUCUAACUUCAAACCCUGGAUGAUGUGCAUGCUUGCCAAGAGAUUUAACAAAGCCUGAGCAACCAAAUAGUCUUUCCCCUUGAUUGGGGAAAAAAAAUACCUUUGUUAUUGCCUGGAAUAUUUCUAUGGGUUGAAUGUGUAAUGCGUUUAACAUGUUUGAUUGUAAAUUGUAGUUAAUUUUGUAUUUAUCGUUGAAAUACUAUAUUUUAUUAAAAGCUUUACAGAAGCCUCUUUACCACUGUUCCGUAAGGGUAACUGAAUGUUGCUUCCCUCCAUAAUUUGUCUCAAAGCAAUAGAGUAUAUUUAUCAGUCCUAACUCAAGCUGUCUACUAGCCUGUGGUUAAGUUGAUUACAUGUAUUGGGAAAGUAUGACAAUGCAAAAACAUAUAUGAAGAUCCAUCGAGUGUUUUGCAAUGGGCCUUUGUGAGCUACUGGAAGAGGAACGACCACCCAAUGUACUUUCAUCAGAAGUACCCGACAGAUUUUAUUGUGAGAAAACUAACAUGUAGAUUUUUUGGGAAUUGUGUAAAACAUGUACAGCUCUAUAAUUGUGUUGUUUUGUGGGAUAGAAAAUAAAUGUGUAUUUUUAAAAAAGGUGUGUUGCU